AGAGAGACGAGACGAACACAUGACAACAUCUCACACCGACAGAGUCGUGGAACUAGCAGCAAAAACACACAGACAACAUCACUGUUGUUGACUACAUACAAGGACACCAUGGUGGAUCAGCUAACUUUUGAUCAGGAUAACCUGGAGCGGAUCCACGCUGUGGAGAACUCAUUUGGGCCAUCGGGGAAGCCCCUGUCCCAGCCAGGCCGGGUUCUGAUCGGAGAGGGCCGCCUGAUGAAGCUGAGCCGCCGGGGGCCACAGCAUAAAGUCUUCUUCCUCUUCAAUGAUAUGCUGAUGUACGGCAGCAUCAUUCUGAACGGCCGCUGGAACAAAAAGCAGCAGAUCAUCCCUUUAGAGGACAUCCAGCUGGAGGACUUGGAGGACAGUGUGAAAAUGAGAAACCAAUGGUUGUUCCGAACACCACGCAAGUCCUUCUACGUGGCAGCGACCUCAUAUGAAGAGAAGCAAGCCUGGAUCGAACAUAUUGAGGAGUGCAAGUCCAGGCUGCUGCAGAAAGGCGGCUGCAGGCCCGGCGCCACCUUCGCCGUCACCUGGAUCCCCGACCAGGCCUCUGCGGUCUGCAUGCGCUGCUCCAACAAGUUCUCCGUGGCCCAGCGUCGACACCACUGCCGAAAAUGCGGCUUUGUGGUCUGCGGCACGUGCUCCAAGAAGCGAGCGGUAAUCGGACACAUUCACCCGACUAAGUGUUUGAGAGUGUGCACCAUAUGUCACUCAAGCCUUUCGAUGGAUGCAGAGGCCCAAGAUGUGUCUUGUGUGAGGGGAAACAGCACCGAGAAGAUAGGCCCGGAUGAAGAUGAGGUUGAUGGAUCCAGUGAAGAAGAGGAGGCAGAGGAGCAGCUGGAGGAGCAUGACCCCAGCAGGUGGAUAGACUCUCAGAUGCACUUCUCUUCCACCUAUGUCUACUUCAAACCAGAGCAUGUGAGGCCCCUAACAUGAGCACACACACACACACACACACACACACACACACACACACACACACACACACACACACACAGCGUUGUGUUGGACUUUCUUUAACAUGGACACAAUACUGAUGCAGCGUUGUGCAGUAGGAGCAAGGCAUCAUCAUAAGACAAUAAUGUAUCAAGUAAAACAAUUUUGUACAUAUUGUAUUUAUUGAUAUGAAUUAUUAUUUAUAAUUAUUUGAACAUUGUAUUUUCACAUUAUGCUGUUUGUGGGAACACUGUUGCUGUAAAGUCAUCACUUUGUAUAUAAGUGUGGUUUCAGUCACGUACAGUAUGCAUAUUUCAGUGUUUGUCUUUAGAACUGUGAAAAAUAAAGCACUUCCAA